AUGUCGGCGCCGGCAGCGACUACGAAGGCCUUCGGGGAUCGGAUGGUGCCGCUGGCUGUCUUGUUGAAGCGGGAACUGACGAACGAGAAGAUCGAGAAGCCGGAUAUCCUUACCGGGCUGGCGAAUCAGACAAAGAAGGGAGAGGAUUUCACCUUCGUCAAGACGGAGUGCCAGCGGUACGCUGGGGAUAGCAUCAGCACAUUCUCUGUCUUCGCGGUAUGGACAUAUAAGAAUAAAGCAGAAAGUCCUAGAGAUUGUUUUCCUUCUUAUCUUACAUGCUCCGUUAAUUUUACGAUGUUGCUAUUGACCAUGGGUGUGGAUUCCCUUUCACCUUAUUUCACAUCUGUAAAAUAUCAUCGUAAGAAGCGAUUUUUCCGGUUUCGCAACCACGCGGCCAAAACGGCACAUUUUUUUUGGUGAAGGAGCGAUUACUAUUGUGUUGAUUUGAAGGGGAUAACUUUAUGGAAAGUAAGAUGAUAGGUGCCAUCUUUAGACAGAGGGGAUCUAGAGAAGGGAUUAGAUGUUUGAUGGGUCAUGCAUGGUUGAUUUGCCUUCGUGUCCCUAAUGGAACUCGGAAAGCGAAAAAAAUUUGGGUUGGGUUGUAUAGGUUUUGUUUUGCUUUGGAGCAAUGCGGGUUUAAUGGAAAAACUCCUAAAAAUGUUAGUCUCUAAAAAGUGACUCAUUAUCGAGCUCACCUUAUUUCCGGGGAUAAGAAUUAAAAAUAAAUGAAACGAUUACUGCAUUUAUUUGACUUAGCCUGCCAAGGAUUUUGACUUAUUCAGUAUCAAAGGAUUUUUUUUAUUGUUUUGGAAUUUUUUGUUGCGAGGUAAGAAGGGAUAUUUUCCUGUUUUGUUCUAUGAGAGAUAUAAGUAAUGCUUCUCGUUUUUAUAUGCACAGAGUGUUAUAAAUCUUCUGGUUUAACUCAUGACGAUUUAGAAUAAUGUGGAACACUAAGGAAUUUGGAAGGCCUUGAUUGUCUAGGUCGAAAUGUGGAGGAUCCUAUGCACUUUUAUUUUUUAUCAUCAAGAAUAAACGCGCAUUUGAGUUUUGAUUAAUUUUGACCCCUCUGCUGUUCUAUAUGGACGUAAGAAGAUAAUAGAAAAAUUCAGUUGAUUAUUCAAACCACAGAAUAGAUUGACCUUCUCAGUUGUGGCUUGUAGAUUGUCACUAGGUGUACCAAAAAAAUUUAUACCACGAAAUUAAAAAUCUGAGGUGACAUUUUAUUUGUCAUCAGAGGUCUACAAAUAUGUCAUCAGUUGGCAGUAGAAUGAUCUGGCCAUGGGUACAUAAUUGGUCGUAGAAUCUGUGAGGAAUAUGGGUGGAAAUAAACCUUGAGUUUUCUGUCUCCAAUUUUUUGUUUGGUAGAAUAUUGCGUAAUUGGAUUCUUGUCUAGCCCAUGGUUAUUGUGUAGCCUUAAGAUGCUGUUUUUUCUAUUAGCAUCCGGCUCUUCUUGUCUUCUCAUAUUGCGUAAUAGGAUUUUCCUCACUUCAUUUCCUCUAUAAAUGUUAUCAUGCUUGUGCAUAAGGCCUAGUAAACACGAUUUCAGCGUUAUAAUUAUCUGUACUUGAUUCUGAAAAGGUGCAAAACACGAUUUCAUUGCCAGUUUCACUAUGCACAAAAUAUACAUGAAGAUGUAUUGCUUCUACCUUGGAGUUAACCAGGACAUUGUAUCAUACAAACUAUACAGCGACCUACAACUAGUUAUUGUUUGCCCUUCCUUUUGCAGCUAUUUGACGGACACAAUGGGUCUGCUGCUGCCAUAUAUGCGAAGGAGAAUCUUUUGAGUAACGUUUUAAGCGCCAUCCCUCAGGAUCUUAGUAGGGACGAGUGGCUAGCCGCAUUACCACGGGCUCUGGUUGCAGGCUUUGUCAAAACGGAUAAAGAUUUACAAGACAAAGGUGCAUAAUUAGAAUUACCUUCUGACUAUCACCAUCGUUAUAUUAUCUGAUUCCCUUAUGUACUGGAGUCACUGCUUGUUAUUAGUCACCUGCCACCGAAAGAGUAAUAUUGACGUCCACACUGUGUCAAAUCUUCCUUUUCUUUUCUUUUUUGUUUAAACUAUAUUUAUUCAAGAGACUCUCUUGAUUGUGGUACUCAAUACUUUUCUCAGUUAUUAGUUUCUAGACGAAAGGGGUUCUGAUGUGAAAACUACCAGAUGAUGGCUGUGACAACAAUAUUUUGCCACGGGAAGCAGAUAGAAUGUCAUAAAGUUUUUUUUAAUAAGUCCUCUCUACAAACACAUCUACUAUACUACAUAACACGCACUGUUUAGUUUUCAGCAAUGCUUUAUACUUCAUCAUGUAUGUGUAAUGGGGUUUGGUCACUAAAUAUUUGUCUGCACUUCAAAACAAAAGAUGAUCUUGUUUGAUAUCUUAUUUUAUGUUAAUUGGCAAUCACAUUAGCAUUGAUUUUCCAGUUCAUAAUCUUGUUCCUCAUAUGACCCUUUCCAUCCUCCCAAAACGCUCGCUUGAUUGGCACUCACGUGGUUCACCAUUAGGUUUCUUUUUCCUUCGUUGUUGAUGAUGCCUUGUUGAAUCGUUUUGAUUAGUAUGCUAAUAUGCUCGCUUCAGGUAAAUGUGCAUCUACUUUUGAUAUCAGUUGAAUUCGUAGGUAGAAACGUAUUCAAAUAUAAGGUAAGGUGCUUUUUUACGUUGGAAGAUUAUUCUUCGUUUAGAAAGAACAUAUUAGUUUAAUAUAAUCCUUCCCUAAAGAAUAUCCAAUAAAUACCGACGCGUGGAUUAAUACUAAAAUAGAUAAAAUGGAUGGACCCGUGAAUUUGGACAUAUUGAAUCAUAAUUCACUCGACCUUCAACCGUGUAUGCUAAUUUGAAGACUUGCACAAUGAGGGACCUUUGUGCUGAAUCUAACUGCAGGGUGAUAACUAAUGUUGAUCUAUAGUCUCUUACUUCUAAAAACUUUUGGGACAACUGCUUAUCUUUCUGCACCCACAAAUUUGCAUUGGGAUGCGUGUGUCAAGAACUUGUGGUCAUUUUAUAGACUUGGUAUAAAUUCUGUGCAAAUAUCUUUCUUUUAUGUAGUUCUGUUAAGCUAUUUAACGACCCAAAAGAUGUAGAUAUUAGCGCAUCCCCUUUUCUCGUGGAAAUUGGUUUUCCUAAAGCAUCAGCUGAAGUUUCAGUUGACACUAUUGUAGCACUUGCAUCGUGUUUAGCACCAUGCUUCUUUUGAUUGCAUUUAAAAAUGGUUUUCAUGUAUGUGCUUUCUCAUUGAUGACAAAAAUCAGACAAACAUCGGGUAUACACUGAAUAGUAUAGUAUUAUUGAAUGGUGUAAAAAACUGCUUCCUUCUCUCAUUUUUUUCUUUGUAAACAACAACACGAUGACAUAAAAAGAUAAAUAUAUAUUUUCGUAUACGUGUGUGUGUGUGUGUGUGUGUGUAUGUUGUUGCAAUCUAUUCACUAACUGUCCGUUACUUUGCUGUUCAUUAAGCUCAAACUUCAGGGACAACUGUUACAUUUGUGAUAAUAGACGGGUGGGUUGUGACGGUGGCAUCAGUAGGUGAUUCACGUUGCAUACUUGAAUCUGCUGAAGGUGCAGUUUACUCCUUAUCUGCAGAUCAUAGACUAGAAGCUAAUGAACAGGAGUAAGUCUCGGUUGACAAGAGAAUGUUCUCAUAGUCUUGAGCUGUAUGAUUUAGGGAUUUUUUUUUUUCUCGCACAGGGUAGAGCGCAUCACAGCCAGCGGUGGUGAGGUUGGCAGACUAAACAUGAUUGGAGGUGCAGAGGUACGUAGUUUUGUUAAAUAUCUUGAUCUUUAUAUCAACCAGUCCUCGUAACCGCUUCCUUGCUUAAAGACGCCUUUUUUUUUGGGUAUCCACGUGCUUAAUUGGAUGACAUUUCAUAUUGUUCUUUUCUUUUCUCUUGUAUUGGCAUCUUAAUGGUUCCUCAUUAGCUCUAAUUCUAACGAGACACGAUCUUGAAAAACCCUUAUCUAUCACUGUGUCUAAAGUCAGAAAACAUCAUAUCCUUGAUAGUUUUUAUCCAUGAUUCCAAGAAGCAGGAAUCAAACUGGGUGAGGCCAGCAUACAUGGGUCUUACUCCGGGCAGGGCAGACAUUUUUUUUAUUCCGAUUUUGUGAAUUUUUUAGUGGAAUGUAGCACAUCAAUCCACCUGAUACUAUAAACUCCUGCUUCCAUUGCAUUCCAAAAUUGGAAGGCUUAAGCGAGAUGCGCUUUCCAGCAGAUGGAGCCGGAUUCUGGUUGAUUUGGUGAUCCAGUAGUCAUACUUUCCAAUGGAAAGGGAAGGAAGCAUCCUCUCUGAAGUAUUACUUGAUGCAAUUUUUUCCUAAAGUUUUAAAUGCAUGGUAAUUGGACCUCUUUAAGCACGGUGUGGGGUCUAGAUAGGCUCCACGGCAAUGGAAAACAGCAGUUAGAUGGGAGAGCUACCAGGGAGGGGGUCUUACAGGGAAAGGCCUUGAAAAAUGAACAGGAAGACAGCUGGGUGUGACGGAAAGCAUGUGAGACAUUUAUUCAAGUCGGUGUAUCUUUCUGUUGUUGAUGGGAUGGGAUGGGCUGGGCUGGGAGAUAUAGUUGAAGUUUUCCCACGUGAUAAAGAGGUCCUUCCUUCCCGAGGUAGAAGAGCAGGAGGACUCAGUGAAUGAGGGUUGACCAGAGGUGGCCACGCUCUUGAGUCCUGGUUGUGGGCUGGCAUCUGCAGCCGUUGAGGAACACAUGGCGGCCAGAGAAGUAAGAGUUUGGUGAACGAGGAGGCUUCUACCGCAUUUGAGAGCUCUACCUGUGCAAUUGCAGACGAAUAAAUAAUCCCAACUGCAGAUUUCCAUAUCCGAAAAGGAAACACUACGAAGGAUUAUACUAAUUGUAUAUCAGUUGACUCGUACGGUUCUCGCUCCUGGUCUGGAGCUCUUUGACCGAGAAUUCGGGAAGCCUCACCAUGGCACUCUCUUCUCAGAUUGUACGAUAGAACGUGCAAUCUGACGGUGUCUGUCUGUCUGCAUGCUUUUUAGACCCAUAUAAGCUGGAACCGAUUUUCUCUGGCCCUUUCACUGCUAUACUAUACUAAUAAUGCGAAUCUUCUUUCUUCAGAUUGGUCCCCUGAGGUGCUGGCCAGGUGGGUUAUGUCUGUCAAGAUCGAUUGGAGACAUGGAUGUGGGGGAGUUCAUCGUUCCUGUUCCUCAUGUGAAGCAAGUGAAGGUAUCCACGCCCCUCUGUCUCUGUGUGUUUGGCGCAAAUGGUUUCCUAUUUUCGAUGCCACAUUUAGAAAGGGUUUAUACGGAGAAAGAUUCUGGUUUGGAAAGGAAAAAGUUUGACAAGCUUCUUCGAUGGGUUCUGAUUUUCUUUCUGGUUCUCUUACAAUUUUUAUUUUUAUUUUUUAAACUCACUUUAGAAUGAAGAUUACGUACGUAUUGGAUAAUUUAAACCAUAGUGUUUGCUCUCUGUAUUGUAUGGCUUUUAUUCAUCAGCGGUCUGUUUCUCUGCAAUAGCUUUCGAAUGCUGGCGGUCGGCUCAUCAUCUCCAGUGACGGCGUCUGGGACGCCGUCACCUUCGAAAUGGCGGUGAGCUGCUCGCGCGGGCUGCCGGCAGAGGUCGCCGCCGCUCAGAUCGUCAAGGUGCUCAUCCAUUCCGCCGCCGACGCCGAAUAAGCUCCUCAUUCCCACGCAUCAUCAUCAUCAUCUUCUUCUUCUGGUUCGCAGGAAGCAGUACAGAUCAAAGGGCUUCACGACGACAUCACCUGUAUCGUGGUGGAUAUCCUGCCGCAGGAGAAGAACCCUCCCCUCCCGCCUCCGAAGAAGCAGGGGAAGGGCGUCUUCAAGUCCAUGUUCCGGCGGAAAUCCUGCGAGUCCACGUCGCAUUCCGAUCGAGAGUGCUCCGAGCCGGACCUCGUGGAGGAAAUCUUCGAGGAAGGCUCCGCCAUGCUCGCCCGGAGGUCUCCCCCCCCCCCCCCAAACCCAAGUCUCCUCCUCCACCUCCCCCUUCUUCGUGUCCUGAUUUCUAGGGUUUCGAUAUGCUGCAGGCUGGACACGGAGUAUCCCAUCUGCAACAUGUUCAAGCUGUUCAUGUGCGCGGUCUGCCAGGUAGAGUUCAAGCCUGGAGAGGGCACCUCGGUGCACGCCGGCUCGUUGCAGACCGGCCGGCUCCGCCCGUGGGACGGCCCCUUCCUCUGCCGGAGCUGCCACGCCAAGAAGGAGGCCAUGGAAGGGAAGAGAUUCCGGGGAGGAGGUAACCCACCUGCUCUUCUCCAUCUACUUCCUUCAACCUCCUGCCAUCUCGCAGCUGAGCUCCCUCCUCCCUCCCUAUUUCAGCCCCCCGGAACGGCAGCGGAGACGAAUAGUCGCUGUCGGCCGGCGGUGGCAUCGCACCUGUCUGGUGGCGCUUUUGGCUUCCUUCUCGCGGCAGGCGACGAGGAGCAGGAGAAGUGA